AUGGUAACACUGCUGACGUGGUGUUGAACCCUGAUUGACAACUGGAGCCUGUUUUUGGCAAAUAAUGUACUGAGUGGUGGUGGAAAUAAAUAUAUAAUUUUAUAUUAAUACAUGAAGAUUUCCUAAUUUCCUAGUAAUUGUUGUAAAUUGAGUUUUCCGUGUUCAUAGUAAUUGUUGUGUAAAGUGUGUUAUUACGUUCAUGGUCUUAAUGUUGGCAGAGUAUAAGCCAUGUCGGACAAUAAAAAUAUCGAUAAUUCUCCCGAAAGAAAGCAACUGGAUGCUGACGAGGGGAAUAUAGCACCGUCAUCGAGUGAAGUGUCCAGCAUCGCGGGAAGUGUAAAAACAGCCAGGACACCCCAUAGAAUAUCAUCAUCAUCAGAAAGACAAAUUAAGUUUGAAAGAGCUCAAAAUGUCUUGAAAAUGCAGCACUUGUGUCCAAAAGGAUUAAAGAGCACAGAAAGGCGACAGCAGAACUAUUGGGCCGACCUUUUGAAGAAGAUGAUGGUGAUACAGCAUCAGAAAUGGCGUCCACCAUGAGUGAGAGGACUGGUUAUUCUGCUGCGACAGACACCUCAACUACAGUGUCAGUGCAAGAAGCCUUAAAUAGUAAGUGUAGAAAACAAUAACUUAUUUAACUUAAUGCUUGCUACACAAUGUAUGCUUACUGGGUAGACUUUUACUAAGGUUAUAACUUAUAACAUUCAAUGUGUUCUUGGGAAAAGGUAUUAUACUAAAUAA